UUCCGGCUCCCGGAGGCGAUUCUCAUGCCUUAGCCUCACUGUGUAGCUAGGAUUACAGGCGCCUGCUAACACACCCAGCUAAAUUUUGUAUUUUUAUUUGAGACGGGGUUUCACCAUGCCAGGGUCGUCUUGAACGCCUCCCAUUGUCCCCUGGCCUUCCACAAAUGUUGAGAUUACAGGAGUGAGCCACCGUCCCCAGCCUACUGGUAUUAAAAAGUUUCGAGAAAAUAAUGCCGUAAGAAAUAACACUGUAGAGUAAACAAAGUGAAACUCAGGGCAAACCAAAAUAAGACAUUUUGAGAACAAGCAGGGUGGGAAUGUGACUUGGACUUGGAUAACAAAGGGCAAGGACACUUGCUGUUGGCUAGUAACGUAGAAUUUUCAUUCUCUGAAUUGAAGCAUUUUCAAACGAGUCAGUAAACGUUUCUGGUAGUCUAGUGAGUAUUCACCAGCAUUGAUAACUGGCGAGACGGUCAGAAAUGCAGAAUUUAAAGUCCGACUCAAACUUACCGAGUCGUAAUUUACAUUUUAACAAUCCUUAGAUGCUUUGUUAUGCAUACUGUUCUUGGGUACUGGAUAAACUAGAAUUUAAGAUAAUAUCGCUUCAGAUAACUGAAAAAGGACCAGGCGGGCUGUGGACAGUUCAUCCAAUAAGAUUGUCUAGUAAUGAACCAAUCAGUGAGGGCCACUCUUCAGCCAAUGAUUUUAUCGCGCGGGACUUUUGAAAUAUCACAGGCCCAAUCAGAAUGUUUCUCACUCUAUAUAAAGGCAACUUCUCUGACUGCGUUUUUGAGUCGGCUUCCGUUGCAAAUGGCUCGUACGAAGCAGACAGCUCGCAAGUCCACCGGCGGCAAAGCGCCGCGCAAACAGCUUGCCACCAAAGCGGCCCGCAAGAGCGCUCCGGCCACUGGCGGAGUGAAGAAGCCGCACCGCUACCGUCCCGGCACCGUCGCUUUGCGCGAAAUUCGCCGCUACCAGAAGUCCACUGAGCUGUUAAUCCGGAAGCUGCCGUUCCAGCGUCUCGUGAGGGAAAUCGCCCAGGAUUUCAAGACCGACCUGCGCUUCCAGAGCUCUGCGGUGAUGGCGCUGCAGGAGGCCUGCGAGGCCUACCUGGUGGGGCUCUUCGAAGACACCAACCUGUUUCCCAUUGCGAUAGGAAUCAUGUCUGGUCGCGGCAAAGGCGGUAAAGGUUUGGGGAAGGGUGGCGCUAAGCGACAUCGUAAGGUCCUCCGGGACAACAUCCAGGGCAUUACAAAACCGGCUAUUCGCCGAUUGGCGCGGCGCGGUGGCGUCAAGCGCAUUUCUGGUCUCAUUUAUGAGGAGACUCGAGGUGUGCUUAAAGUUUUCCUGGAAAACGUCAUUCGAGAUGCUGUCACUUACACGGAGCACGCGAAACGCAAGACUGUCACUGCCAUGGAUGUCGUAUAUGCUCUAAAACGUCAGGGGCGCACUCUGUAUGGUUUCGGCGGCUGAAACGGUCUCCAGGAAACUUUAAA